GACUUCAUGGAUACUACUAGUACUAACCCACUGAUUCUGGUUUUCUUCCACCGUCCUCAUGGCGUUCCUCGCUCUCCCGCAUUUCCUGCAUCUCCGUCUCCGGCGGAAUGAUCGGAAAAACCGAUGCAAAUGUUGUUUGUCUUCGGCAACGAAUGAAGGUUCCACGGCGGUUGUGUGGUUUAAACAUGACCUACGUGUUGAUGAUCAUCCUGGCCUCCUCGCUGCGUCUAAGCACAGAGCCGUCAUACCUCUCUACGUCCUCGAUCGUCGCAUUCUAUCGAGAUACACAACGGACACUUUAGAGCUAGCUAUUAUAGCAUUGGAAGAUUUGAGAAAAACCUUGAAGAAGCAAGGAUCAAAUCUUAUGCUCAGAUAUGGGAAUGCAGAGAAUGUCAUUGAAGAUCUUGUCAAAGAGGUGCGAGCUCCUUUUGUCUUUGUGGAAGAAGAGGUAGAAUACCAUCUGUGUGAGGUUUUAGACGCUGUAAAGAAUAAAUUGGAAGGUGUUUCUUUAUCUGGAGAAUCACCGAGGAUUGUUGCUUGGCGUACUCCUUUUUACGAGAGCCAAAAUUUGACAGAUCUACCACAAUCUUGGGAGGAGUUUAAGAAACUGAAGCUGCCUCUCACUUUGCCAGUUCCUGCAGCAAAAUUUUCAUCUCCAGGAAGUGAAUUGCAGUGGGGUUCUGUGCCAACGCUCGAUGACCUGAAGGACUAUUUGAAGGAAAGCUUAUGGGAAAUAGAAAAUAGUUGGAGGGAAAUGGCACAGGCAUCUGCUGAAAGAGUAUUAAUGGAAAGGCUUGGUAACUUGAAGGAAAGCAGUAUGGAGCCAAUUGUUGAUGGAAGUUUAGGGAAGAAGGUUGAUAACUCUGUUUUUGUCACAAGUAAAAGAGAUACUGUUGGAGGUGGAAAUGAGGUUGUACUGAAUGCUCUAGCAGGAUACUUGAGGUACUUGGAGGGUACAAGUCGAGAUGACUGGCAAGAGGUCCAUGCGAGACUUCGUGAUGCCGAGACUAGGCCCGGAGCUUCAUUUUUCAAACUUUUUGGACCUGUCCUCUGUCUUGGUAUCGUAUCCAGAAGAAGUGUCCACUAUGAAGCAAUCGAGUAUGAAAAAGAAAGGAAUGCUGGAUUUAUUUCUCCUUUUGGAUAUUCAGCUGCCACAGUGUCUGCUGCAACUGAUGCUGUAUGCUCUAUGGAGUGGUAUUAUCUCCUGGCUCUAAGUAGAGAGAGGAUUGAUGAAAAAAGGCACGCUAUAAGGAUUUGGAGAUGGAAGGGAUAUCUUAUUCAGUACACAGUGGUUGGUAAUGAAGGGCCUGCCGUUCUUCUUGUGCAUGGCUUUGGUGCUUUUCUAGAGCAUUACCGCGAUAAUGUAGACAACAUCGUAAAUAGCAAAAAUCGAGUAUGGACCAUCACAGUCUUGGGUUUUGGAAAAUCAGAGAAGCCAAAUAUCAUUUACACCGAGCUUUUGUGGGCUGAAUUACUGCGGGAUUUCAUGGCUGAAGUAGUUGGGGAACCAGCACAUUGCGUAGGGAAUUCAAUCGGUGGGUAUUUCGUUGCAUUAAUGGCCUUUCUUUGGCCGGCGUUGGUUAAGUCCGUUGUCCUUGUUAACAGUGCCGGCAAUGUGGUACCUGGAUACUCUCCUCUCCCAAUCUCUAGAGAAAGGCGAGUUCCAUUUGGUGCACAAUUUGGUUCUCGACUUCUUCUCUUUUUCCUACAACUCAAUGUCAAAAAGCUAUUAAAGGAUUGUUAUCCAGUUAAACCUGAGAGAGCUGAUGACUUUCUUGUCACUGAAAUGCUAAGAGCAUCUCGAGACCCUGGUGUGGUUAUGGUCCUGGAAAGUAUCUUUGGCUUUGAUCUUUCGCUUCCUUUGAAUUACCUACUCAAAGGGUUUGAGGAAAAAACUCUAGUAAUACAGGGAAUGGAAGAUCCCAUAUCGGAUCCGCAGAAGAAAGUAGCCUUACUGAAGGAGCUUUGUCCAGCGAUGGUGAUAAAGAAAGUUAAAGCAGGUCACUGUCCCCACGAUGAAAUCUCAGAAGAGGUAAAUCCGAUUAUCUGCGAAUGGAUAGUGAAGGUCACUAAUGAUGAUCGAGAACUAAAAGCCUCAUCAUCCCAGCAACUUUACCACAGUAAUAAACAAAACUAAGGAUUUGGUCAUCAGAAAGCAGUUUUUGAAAUGGUAUAGUUUGGUUGUGUCAACAAGACAUCGUCAUAGAUGUCAUCAAUCCAAAUUGAAGAAACAUGACCAUGUUAUAACUCAUUUAAAAGGAACCGUCAUUUUUCUUUCUGACUAGUAUAUAUAUUGUUUAUUUAUCUUUUGAAGAUAUGUACAAGUUUUCGUAAGCCUGAAUCCGUAAUGUCACUAUUUAAUUAUUUGGACGUUAUGUCAC